CAUUGGUUCCAAGGCCGCGUUAGCUAAUUUUAGUGGUUCGCAGAAGAGAUAUAUGUAUAUACAUAUAUCAUAUUUCUUCCGGUCGUGCCACGCUGCAACGCGGCGAAGUGCACGAAGAUUUCGCUUCACAGAAUGCAUGAGGCCAGUAGUUUCGGAAGUCUCCGAGAUAUCGAAUCGUCGCUAUGUUUGUAACUCUGCUUAUUUCUCUUUUUUUUUCUGUACUUUAGCUAUCCGAUUACUGUAUAUAAUGUUGCCGUUAGUUAGACAAGUAUACGAAUACAUUUACGAAUACAUAAUUAAGAAGUAUAUUAAUAAUGCAGAUGAUUCGUGAGUUAUAGCUGUGAAUGUACGAUGGCGUACGUGUAGAUUAUCAAGUUAAACAUUGCCAUCAUAAUUUAGUAUAUUAUGUAUUCAACAGCGUAUAGCAGUAUUAUUAAUGGAACGUAAAGCAUGUUUCUGUAAAAUGGAAACCUUAUCGAUCCAACUCUUAUGUAUAUGCUUAUGAAUAAGCAAAAAACUCCACAAGGAAUACGUAAAUUAAAGUUGUGAUUCAGGGAAAAUUUUAUCAAGAUCGGAUGGUCGGAUUUAUCCGCAAAUGAAAUACUAAUAUCUAUAAGUACCUAUAUGAUGAUUGAUAUCUGGCACACUUUAACUGAUUGAAAAUAAACAUGUGAUAUAAACAUCGUUGUCAUACAUAAGACGGAAAUACAAGACCAUAACAUAACAUAAAUUCGUUUCGCAUAAAAUUAUUGAGUUCAAGGCCUACGCUUAAAUAAAGAAUUCAGCAGAGCGUAUAAAGAUUUCGAAAUACUGAAAGAAAACUUGCUGUUUUGUGGGAUGAAUCAAUUCAACAAGUGCUCGGGGACGUCGUUAUCUAUAGUCAAAGGAAAUCUCUCGGGAAGUCAAUAUAUGCACAUUAAAGCGAAGGCAUGUAUAGCCUUCUCCUCGAUGUUAUGUGAAAUAUGUACGAUUGUGUAAUCGACCGAGAGAUCGUUAAACGCGAUCGUAAAGUUUACAACGGCUAUAGUGUGGCUCAUCUUGACCUUAGCCGAUGGAUGUACCCCUUUUCCCGCAACCACCGACCAUCGGAGGCGUCGCGACACCGACUCUGACACCCCUCAGUGACGUUCCAAGCGUCGCGACGCUACCACGCGUUUCGGCAUUCGUUGCUGCAUCCGUGCCGCGCGUACACGAACGAUAUGCCGUACCUUUACGAUCCCCCGCGGGCACCAGGAAGCGACGUCGCGUCUGCAGGAACUUAGUCCAUCCACGGAUCAAGACCGCGGCCCUCGUCAAGGAUGCUGCACAUCGUCGCAUUACUGAGCUUUGCACGAGGAUGAUAGAGCAUCGCGCGAAAGAAGAUGAGGGGGACGACGACGACGACGUCGUUUGCAGCAUCGAUAUUACAGACACACCUACUACGAUAUCUUCCGAGAUUUCACCUCACUUAAAAAACGGUAUAAUACCGACGAAAUGGACAAAGUCUGUAACUGUCCAGACCAUAGAAGGUUUACCUCUACGAUUAAGGAUUUUGCCAUCUCUCAGAGAUAUCGAGGAGGACAAUGGAAAUUCUUCGAAGGUCUCGAGAUUUAGAAAAUAUCUGAGAUUUUUGGGACGAUUGUUAUUAUCGCAAUUGGGUCUUCUUUGGUUACUUGUGAUAUGGAUGGUGGCAGGUGCGGCGGCGUUUUGCGCCACGGAAGGACCUCGCGAGCGCGAACAGGUCGUGUCGCUGAAGAACAUGCAGAAGGAUUUAGCAGUCGGCUUGGCGACAGAGUUGCGGCAAUUGCGAACGGAACAGGAUCAGGAUGUGGAGCCAUUGUGGAGCGAUAAUGUCCGUCGAUAUGUUACCAAACAUGAACAACUCCUCUUGACCGCUGUUAGUUCUGGCUAUGGCGAGGGUGGUAAUAGUGGACAGCUGUGGACAUUUCCUGGUUGUGUAUUAUUCGCCAUAUCGUUAAUUACCACUUUAGGUUUUGGAGCACCGGUUCCGCGAACAACCGCUGGUCGCACAGUAGGGGUGAUAUUUGCCGCUAUCGGUAUUCCUGCCCAUUUCCUUCUUAUAUUGAAUUUCGGUCUUAUGGUGGCUUUUCGCUUACAAAAGUACGCGCUUACCAGACAAGGCGUGCAAUUCAACAGUCCAGAAUCGAUUUAUUCCAAACGUAUGCCGAAAUGGAUCAAAAUAUUGUCAUUUGUUGGUACAGGUAAAAUUUUUAUCACGAAUCUCUAUAAAAAUUUGUUUCAACUACAAUUAUUGCUGUCCUCGUUUAUACUUUAUUUCUAUUGUAGUCACAUACUAUGUUUUGGGAGUGCUAUGCUUCGGCAUAGCGCGAUCGAGACCGAUCGCGGCGAGUCUGCUAUUUCCGUUAGACUUCACUGCGGCGGGCGGUCUCUCUACUAUCGUCGGUCACGUACGAAUACUGUACGGUCUGUAUUUGGAAGGCGCUGUUACUAUCGCGGCGAUAAUGGUAGCUAUAUUAAGAGUAUCGGCAACGCAGAGUCUUACAAAUAUUGGACUCAAGUACGGCCUACUGACCAAAGAUUAAGAUUAAUAUGCUUAAUUUACUUAAUACUCUUCAUCCCCUUCACAUUUUAAUUCACGAUAAAAACUAUAUGACCAUAUAAGACGAUGUAAUUUCAAAGAUGCAAGGUAUUAAAAGAAAAA